AAGCAGGAAGCGCAGUGAGGAGCAAACAUUAAACGUUUCUGUUGGAAAAAUCCUCCAAAACCCGGUUUGAGAGCCAUGGAUCCAGGCCCGGACAGCGACUGGAGGAGCCCGCAGUUCCGACAGAAAGUCGUCGCUCAGAUCGAGGAGGCGAUGAGGAAGGCGGGAACCGCUCACACCAAGUCCAGCAACGACAUGGAGAACCACGUUUACGUCAAAGCCAAAUCCAGAGAGGAGUAUUUAUCUCUGGUGGCGAGGCUCAUCAUCCACUUCAGAGACAUCCAUAAGAAGGCUCUGGGAGGUCCGGAUCCCAUGAAUGCCCUGACUAACCUGACAGGGGUUGGAGGGGGCCCGGGCGCCAUCGGCAUGGGGCCUCGCCCCACCGGUGCUCCUGUGGGUGGCAUGGGGGCCAUGGGGCCGAUGCAUGCCAUGGGUGGAAACCCACAAGGCAUAGGGGGUCCGGGCCAGAUGCCGAUGCAGCAGAUGGUGCAGGCGCAGCAGCCGCAGUCCAUCCAGUUCCAGCAUUUCCAGCACCCCCAGCAGCAGCAGAACGCUAUGCAGCAGCACCACCAGAACCAGCAGCUGCAGCAGCUGAGGGUGCAGCAGCAGCUGCAGCAGCAGCAACAGCAGCAGCAGCAGCAGCACCACCAGAACCAGCAGCAGCAGCUGCAGCAGCAGCACCAGAACCAGCAGCAGCAGCAGCAACAGGCCCAGAACCAGCAGCAGCAGAACCAGAUGCACCAAUCAAGGAUUCAGCAGCAGCAGCAGCAGAUGGUGCAGCUGCAGCUCCAGCAGCAGCAUGCUCAGGCUCAGGCGCAGGCUCAAGCUCAAGCUCAGGCUCAGGCGCAGGCUCAGGCUCAGGCUCAAGCUCAAGCUCAGGCUCAAGCUCAAGCCCAGGCUCAAGCCCAGGCUCAGGCCCAGGCUCAGGCCCAGUCCAUGCAGCACAUUGUUCAGCAGCAGGCUCAGGCUCAGCCAGGCCAGAUGCCUCAACACGCUCAGCAGCAGCAGCAGCAGCAGCAGCAGCAGCCCGGCAUGGUGCCUCAGUCUCUAGCUGGACAGAUGGCGUCUGCUCAACACGUUCCCAUCAACUCGCUGAGUCAGCAGCAGCAGCAGCAGCACCAGCUGAAGAUCCAGGCCUUCCAGCAGGCGCGGGCAGCCUUGCAGCAGCAGCAGGUCCAGCAGGCGCAGCAGGCAGCGCAGCAAGCCCAGCAGGCUGCAGCACAGGCGCAGCUCAACGCUGCAGCCGCUGCUGCCGCCGGCGGUGGCGUGCCGGGACAGUUGGUGCGUCCAGGGAUUCAGAUUCAGCCUCGGAUGCCUCGAGCGGCUCUGAAUCAGUCCAUCCCUCCUCAGAACGCUGCAGCAGCCACAGCAGCUGCAGCGGCUGCAGCAGGAGCACAGAGCAUGAACCAGCAGCAGCAGCAUACGAUGAUGUCAUCGCCCUCCCCGGUGCAGGUGCAGACCCCCCAGUCGAUGCCCCCCCCUCCCCAGCCGUCCCCACAGCCCCCCUCCUCCCAGCCCAACUCAGCCAGCUCCGGUCCCACUCCGUCUCCGGGGGGGUUCCAGCCCAGUCCGUCCCCUCAGCCCUCACAGAGCCCCGCCAACGCCAGGACGCCACAGAACUACGGCGUCCCCUCCCCCGGACCGCUCAACACCCCAGGUAACCCCAGCUCGGUGAUGAGUCCAGCAGGGGCCACGUCUCUAGAGGACCAGCAGUACAUGGAGAAACUAAAACAGCUGUCCAAAUACAUCGAGCCUCUCCGCAGGAUGAUCAAUAAGAUCGACAAGAACGAAGACAGAAAGAAAGACCUGAGCAAGAUGAAGAGUUUACUGAACAUCCUGACGGACCCAAACACCAGGUGUCCUCUGAAGACGCUGCAGAAGUGUGAAAUCGCUCUGGAGAAACUGAAGAAUGACAUGGCUGUGCCGACCCCCCCUCCCCCCCCGGUGGCCACUAAGCAGCAGUACCUGUGUCAGCCGCUGCUCGACGCUGUGAUGGCAAACAUCCGCUCGCCCGUGUUCAACCACAGUCUGUACAGAACCUUCGCCCCCGCCAUGACCGCCAUCCACGGACCCCCCAUCACGGGUCCGAAUGUGUCCGGCAGGAAGAGGAAGCACGAGGAGGACGAGCGUCAGAGCAUCCCGAACAUCCUGCAGGGAGAAGUCUCCAGACUGGACGUCAAGUUCCUCGUUAACCUCGACCCGUCUUACUGCAGCAACAACGGCACCGUGCACCUGCUCUGCAAGCUGGAUGAUAAGAACCUCCCCAGCGUUCCUCCUCUGCAGCUCAGUGUUCCUGCUGACUAUCCUGAUCAGAGUCCGUACUGGGCCGACGAUGGAGACCAGUACGGUGCGAACAGCUUCCUGCAGUCGGUCCACAGGAACAUGACGUCCAAGCUGCUGCAGCUACCCGACAAACACUCGGUGACGGAGCUGCUCAACACCUGGGCUCAGAGCGUCCGCCAGGCCUGUCUGUCAGCAGCCUGAGCCCCCCCCCACACACACACACACACACACACACACACACACACACACACACACACACACACACACACACUCUGGGGGUUUACAUGGACACACAUCCUCCCUGUUUCCAGUCGUUACAGGAAGAAGAAGCGAAACAUCAUUUCUCCUGAUUUCCGUAGUGUCCCUGAACGCAUCACGCUUCUGUUCAUUUCACCGGGUGACGUCGCCGCUCUGUCUGAGAUGUAAAGUCAGUUUUUUUUGUACCGCAGAGGAGCGACGAUGACGAUAUUCUGUAAAACACUGAGGGAAGAAAAAAAAGAAACUCUAAAGGUUUGAAUAUGUAAAUGUAUUUUUUUGCUAUUAUAA